AUGUCAGAGGAGAAUAUGGUCGUCAUUGUCACUGGAGCGAACCGAGGCAUUGGCCUUGCCAUUUGCGAACUCAUUUUGAAGACCAACCAGAAUGUGAAGUUGUAUGCAGCAUCGCGCGCUGGAGCCGACCUUGGUCUCAAGAGCGCUGGUUCGGGAUCGAUCAAAUAUCCUAAGCUGGACGUAACCAAAGAUCAAGACAUCAAGCAGCUGGCCGAAGACAUCAAACAUGAAGAGGGCUCGAUUAGCGUUCUCAUCAACAAUGCUGGAGUCAACACUUACCCUGAACACACUCCUGAGAGUGUAAAACAAAUGCUGGAUGUCAACUAUCGCGGAACAUACAAGAUGUGCAAGGCCUUCAUUCCUUUGCUUUCGCAGUCAGGACGUAUUGUUAACAUGUCUUCCGUGGCUUCGCAAUUGAAAAUCUACAGCCAGCACAAUGCAGCUCGCUUCAGAAAUACAGGAUCAUACGAAGAUGUUGAGAAGAUUGCCGAAGAUUACAUGGAGAAGAAAGAACUAGCAUCAGGCUUCGGCGACAAGGGUCAAGGCUACAGUGUUAGCAAAGCAUGCGUCAAUGCAAUCACCGCCAUACUUGCGCGUGAGAACCCAGGCCUCACUAUCAAUGCAUGCUGUCCCGGUUGGGUGGAUACUGACAUGGGAGGUAUUAUGGGCAAGCCACCCAAGGAGCCUAGUAAGAAUCUUCUGUCCAGUGAUCGAGCUCAUCUGAAUUGCCAUAUGCUGACUGAACUGGGUUUCGGUGAUAUCUCUGAAACAACCGGUCGCUAUUGGGCCAACCCUGGGAUCUCAGAUAAGGGAGACGGUCAAGUGAUGGCAUGGUAA